CUCAGAGGUAUUCGUCCUGUCGGUGCAGCUUGCGUGUUUCCCCAUCUGAAUUACGCUUUUGAAGAUCCUUUACGCCUCGGCGAUCAAGAGCGUCUCAAGCCACUUUCAACUUGUCCCUCUUCUCUCUACCCCUUCAGCUAGCGCGCCGGGAAGAUGCUGAACCUGAAAUCCCCCAUGGUGGUCGUGUCCAACCGUCUGCCGUUCGUCCUCAAGAGGAACGAGAACGGAGAGCUGCAGCGCAAACAAAGCGCCGGCGGACUGGUGACAGCCGUGGCCCCAGUCGUGAUCCAAUGCGGCGGGCUCUGGGUUGGCUGGCCCGGGAUCCACAUGGACGAUCCCCACCAGUCUGUUCCCGAGUCGGACCCAGGGGACAUGGGACCCUCGGCGGGCCUCAAGUCGGAACAGGUCGUGCCCGUCCACGUGGAGGAGCAGCUGUUCGACGACUACUACAACGGAUGCUGCAAUGCUACUUUCUGGCCCCUCUUCCACUCCAUGCCAGAUCGGGCGGUCUUUGUGGCGGACAUGUGGGAGGUGAGGAUGGAAUUCGGAUUGGUUCGAUCUGCUGCCUGCUUGAUUUUGUCCGCUUUCGACUGUUCGAUGCUGGGACUGGGACUCGCAAUAGUUAAUAUGUCCUUGCCUCGUGGGCAGUCGUACUCGACAGUGAACGUGAUGUUCGCCUACCAAACCGUGGAUGCCUUGAAGAAGAUGAAAAUGAAGAAUCAGGAGGGCGAGGAGCGCAUCCCCUUGGUCUGGAUCCACGAUUAUCACCUCAUGCUUGCUGCUAACUACAUCCGGCAGGAAUGCGAGGAGCAGAAUCUGCAAUGCAAACUGGGAUUCUUCCUUCACAUUCCAUUUCCACCGUGGGACAUCUUUCGUCUCUUUCCCUGGGACAACGAGGUCCUGCAAGGAAUCCUAGGAAACGACUUGGUGGGAUUCCACAUCGAAGACUACUGUCGGAAUUUCCUGGAUUGCUGCCAGCGGCGGUUGGGCUGCCGGGUGGACCGAGUCCACAACCUGGUGGACGUGGCAGGGAGGACGGUGAAGGUCCGGGCUCUGCCGAUCGGGAUCCCGUACAAGCGGUUCGAGGAGAUGGCCAAUGCGGCGCCCAGAGCACUGCAAUCCUCCCAGCAGAUCGUCCUUGGGGUCGACAGACUCGACUAUACCAAGGGACUCGUCAAUAGGAUCCGAUCCUUUGAGAGGUUCUUGGAGAAGCAUCCAGAGUACCUGGGGAAGGUGGCACUGCUGCAGGUGGCCGUUCCUUCCCGCACGGAUGUGAAGGAGUACCAGCAGCUGAAGGAGCAGAUGGACUUGGAGAUCGGACGUAUCAAUGGACGUUUUUCCACACUGAAUUGGUCCCCCAUUCGAUACAUCUAUGGCUGCAUUUCACAGGAUGAACUGGCUGCCUAUUACAGGGACUCAUCUGUGGCACUGGUGACCCCUCUUCGAGAUGGAAUGAACCUGGUGGCCAAGGAAUACGUAGCCUGUCAGGUGGACAAGCCUGGAGUGCUGAUCCUGUCUCCUUUUGCUGGGGCUGGGGAAACAAUGCACGAGGCCCUGCUCGUUAAUCCCUAUGAAUUGGAUGAUGUGGCUGAUACCCUCCAUCGAGCUCUCACCAUGCCCAUUGAUGAGCGGGAGAUGCGUAUGUAUCACCUGAAGAAGAGAGAGCAGACCAUGAAUGUGGAUUUCUGGCUCACUUCCUUCCUCAAGGUAUCUAUCAAGACAUUCCCUGGCCACAAUGUCAUUGGAGUCCACUAGAGUUCUGGAAGCCACUGCACUUGCCGAAAGGGAAGAGG